AUGCAAAAUUUCCCGUUGGCUCUUCAUCUCCAUGAGAAAAUCGCAAACUACAGCAUAGACGUGAUCACCAAGACACAAGUUUCACAACUUUGCAAAGUAAACACAGAAAUGUCACUCGGCACACUGCCUCUGAAGGUCACCGCUAGCCGUUACUACGCAUGCAACAAUGUUCUGCCCUCUGUUAGUGCACUAAGAACUUGUCCAGGAACUUUCGAUACCACUUCAUAUUCACCUUGCUUGGAAACAAGUGAGGGUUGGCCCCCCCACCCAGGAAAGGCAUACAGCUUCAACAAAUUCCGUCUGACCCAUGCAAGCUUUGAAGAACUAUGCAUGCAACAGAUGUUCUGCCCUCUACCACCGCGGUUAAAGAACAUUGACCGGAGCAGUGCCACGCACAUGUCAGUGACGGUCGGCAGUGUGACGGUGGUGAUCACGGACUACCAGCCGAAGAAAGACCGACGGUCGUCAACGGACACUCAGAACGUCAGUCCUUCGGACAGCAGCGACACGUCGUCACCGACCACAGCCAACGACUACCACGAGGACUCCAGCGUGGACAACAACUGA